CUAGAACUACAAAUCCAACACACAACAGAAUUCAGCUGCAUAAACAUCAAAAAGACCAUGGGUGCUGCUGGUAACAACAAGCAGAAGAAUUCAUUUUUCUCCCUGGCGAGCCUGUUCAAGCUCCGAGGGAACAGGGCUAGAAGAGAGGAUACGUGGGCCGCCGAGGAUACGAUGACCGCCGGCCGGAGAGUCGACGAAGAGAAACGUUACUGGCCGGUGCCAGAGCCUGGAAUUGACAAGAGAGCUGCAGACUUCAUUGCACAAUUCCACAAUUCCAUGCAACUCGCUAGCUCUUAAUAAUUAUCAGGCUGUUGAAAAGACUGCCUGAGCAUUAGUAUCUCACCAGUUAGCUGUGUUAAUUUACUGUGUAAUAUAGCUGUAAUGUGUUGUUUGUAGUGUGUGUGUGUAUUAAUUACAAUAAUGAAUAUCAAAUCAAUAU